AUGGCUGACAACAACAACAUCCCAAAUCCUGAUCCUUUCCUCCUGCAACAACUGAUCGAGGAGUCCACCCGCGAGGGGACGAAUCGUUGUCGGUGGGAAGGACAGCAGCACACCCCUGCCGGGCAGAGAAGGCCGAGGCAUGAGACCUCACAACCCAGGGGGCAGCAGAUUCAGAACAUCCAGCAGCUGCAGGGCCUCCAACAGGUUCAGAACGUUGAACAAGUUCCUCACGAGGGACACGUUCAGAACGGGGAAGACGAGCAGGCUCGACCCCAGAAUGGACCAGAACAGCCCCUGAAUGAGAACAAGACUGACGCCAGAGACGAACAUGUUGCCUCCUCGUUCACCCACACCUCUGACAGGCGAAGAGUCCGUAGCGAAGACGAGGAAGAGCAGGUCAAUAUCCCAGAGAGCGCUGACCCUACAACCGUCCUCCUACUCAAAGAGCUGCAAAGAACCAACCGUCUCAUCCGCCUACAGGGUGACCGCAUCCACGAGCUGGAAAGGAAGCGACGAUAUCGUUCCCCUCCGCGGAGACGCCAUCGGUCGCAUUCCUAUUCCUCUUCGCACUCUCCCCCGAGGAGAUAUCGCAAGCGUUCCCCGUCCUCGUCUCGCUCCCCGCCUAGAAGGAACCGUCGCCAGAGGUCUUAUUCCCGCUCUCCACCACGAAAGAGCCGGAAAAAUAAGAGACCUGAAACCACUGAAGCGAGGAGCCUCUCACCCGAGCAGGACGAAAGAGGACAACCGCAGAAAUCAGGGCAAAACACAGACGAAAUCCAAGCGGGGCAGACAUUCAAACUCCCUCGGACCUAG